AUGUUUGUAGAAGAACAUUAUGGGUUGAAAUCACGAGUUAGUGAAGCCAGUUUUGGAAACUACAUAUUUGGUAUUUACAAAAGCAUGGAAUUGUUAAGGAAAACGUUACAGAAGUUACGUAUAUUUUUUGGUUCUAACGAAAUGCCUGCAGACAUUGGCGAUACAGAAAGCGAAAAACAGGUAAUUUUGAAGUUUAUCAUUCAGAGCGUCAAAAAACAGGUACCUUUAGAUGAUGUAUUUAAAAAAAUUGAGUGUAGAUAUGACAACCCAUUGAGUGCUAAAGAACAAACGUUUAUUGAACGCACGUACAUAGAGAAUGUUUUCCAAGAAUUUUUAAAUGAAAGCUUAUUUCACCUGAAAAAAAAUAUCAAGGAUGUACGCUGCAAUUUAAACAGCCUUUUAGAUGACUUUAAACAAGAAAACAAAAUCCCAAAGAAUUUUCAUGAAGUAAAACAUUUUGAAAUGCUAAGCAACCAUUGUUUGAAAUUAUCGACCCAGGAACGCAAAAAGUUUUGGAAAACUUUAAAAAGCGAAUGCUUUAAGUUACUUGAAGGGGAAAUUCGGUCAUUAAAUGCGGAAAUUGACUUAGUUAAUGAAACAAAGCACGCUUUAAGAAACGUCUUUGUCCACAGUUUGGAAAAUGAAGAUGCAAUGAAAGAAUGUUUGAAGUUACUAGAAACUUUUAAGGGAGAUGACCUGAACUCAAAGCUACAUAGUUUUAUAGAUCAUUUGAAAAAGACGUCAACGCGUGGUUUGGAAGCAUUGAAAAGAAAAGUUCUAUCCAUGAGUACUGAAGGUAUUAAUUUUAUUUUUGCGCCUGAAGAACUAGACAGGAUGUUUAAACAAUUCCACACCAAAUAUAAGAGAAAAGUAAGCAAGGACAAUAAUGGCCUGAUUUUGGAAAUAGAUGGUUAUUUUAUGAAGCUAUCAGAUAUCCAGAACGAAAUGGAUACAACCGGAGUUUAUGAGAUACGAAUAAUUGGGAAAGAGAUUAUUUGUAUCGACAAAGAUCUGAGACUUCCCGGGAUAAACCUGGUUAUAGUUAGUCCUAAAGUACUUGUCUUCGGUGAGCGCACACUUGAUACCUCAGGUGUUGAUGGCGUGAAACAUGAAUCUACCAAAGCUAGGAGCGGUCAAAGGAAAGGUGAAGAUGGUGAUGCUGGAGAAACAGGAGGUAGUGGUCAAGCAGGGGGAAACGUUUUCGUCUACUUAACGGAAUUUGUAAAUGAUGAUCAAUUGACGAUAAAAGGAAAUGGAGGAAUGGGCCAGAGUGGACAAGAUGGUGGAAAUGGGGUAAAUGGUGUUGACGGUGAAGAUGGUUAUGAGAUGAGCAGGUCAGAAUUCAAUAAGAGUUAUCCUCCAACUACGAAUGUAGGUGAUUUUUAUGCCCUAACAUACGAACAUGGUUUCUACCGUGACGAAAGGACGGAUACACACGGGAGGGUUAUUUAUAGUAGUUAUAGGGAACCACAAAAAUUUUGGAAUACUCUUGGUGCCGUUUUCGGAUACGCCCUAUGGCAAGGAUACUGUAUACAUUAUGGUGGAAAAGGGACGAGAGGAGGGCGUGGUGGUAUGGGUGGCAAGGGUGGUCGAGCAGGGAGCGGAGGAAGUGGCGGAACUAUAGAAAUAAUGUAUGAGGGACACAAGGUAAACAUCGAGGCAAAAAAAGGUCGUGAUGGGGAAAAUGGUAAAGAUGGAGUAGGGGGGAAAGGAGGGUACAAUGGCAGGAGAGGGUUAGACAUUGGGCGAGUUGAGCCGAGUCAGUACAGAACAAUACGUACGUACGGUCCGGCAAGGUUGUCGUUAGAUUUUAUGUCGAAAAAUACCUCGGAUAACGCUUAUUGCGAUAAUGAGUCAAGAAGAUGUGGUUCCAAUAGAUAUGCGACAAUAAGAGAGUUGACGAGAGAAAGGGGAAGACGCGAAAGGUGUGAAGGGCAGAGAAACCAAAAAAACGUGAAAAGAAGUAACGCAGUACGUAACGUAAGACAAGAUUACAGAGCCGUACCUAUUUCCAGGGAAAAUAUUAUCCAGGUAUACCAAAGUGUGGUAGAAAGCAAAGUCAUGGAAAUCUAUCAUGCUGAGACAAAAAUGGAAGGGAUAUGUCAAGAUAUUAAAGAGUACAAGAAUCUGAAAUCAUCAUCUGUGUGUUUUAAGCAAUCAAAGGCCAUUCAAGCAAAGAAUAUCAAAAAAAUAAUGGAUUGUUAUCAGCGUCUUCCAACUAAGCCAUUGUUUUCGUGUAUUAGCGAGAUAAGUGAAAAUCUUACUGCAGUAAUUAAUGACGAAAAAAGGAGUUCCGAAAGUAAUGUAACAUAUCCUAUUAAAGCAAUAAUCAAUACACUAUCCGAUCGUCCAGUUGAUGAACCAGAACAACUGGUAGUAAUUCGUAAGGAAUGUCUUAACCAUUCUGAGCAAUUGCUUAAGAGAUUUGGCCAUCAUACUGAUAAAACAGGUGUUACUGCGCAGCUAAAAAAGUUAGGCGAUAUUUCGAUUGAUAAAUAUAAAUUUUCUUGCUUUGAGGCCAUGGUAAAGAAAAUCAGAGAAAUUGAAGAAAUUCAGUAUAUGCGCAGCAAGAAAAAAUGUCGAAUUAAAGUAAUGUUCCUGGUUAAAAUGAGGCUAACUCACUCCUGUUGUGAUAUUGUAAAAGAUAUAAUGUCUUUGUCGUCCAUAGAUGACAUUUCAAGCUUUUCGGAGAGGGUUUUGCAAAGUAUUUACAUUGAUAUUGCUGGAAUAUGCAAAACUAUUAACGAUAUGGAAGAUUUAAAAUACAAUGUGGGAAUUGACAGGAAUUCUUCAGAAGAAGAUGAUGAUGAAGUCGUCACGGAUGUCGACAAAGAAGAUACGGAAAAAGACUGGGAAAGUGAUGAUGAUGAUGAUGAUGAUGAUGAUGAUGAUGAUGAUGAUGAUGAUGAUGAUGAUGAUGAUGAUGAUGAUGAUGAUGAUGAUGAUGAUGAUGAUGAUGAUGAUGAUGAUGAUGAUGAUGAUGAUGAUGAUGAUGAUGAUGAUGAUGAUGAUGAACGUGAGAAACAAUGA